GGAAGUGAGGAAGGUGGGGCAUGUCUUAAUUCUAGCAGAAAUGAGUAGGCUCUGAGGGAGUAAGGAAGGGGAAGAGUGUCUUUGUGACACUGCUAGCAGCGUUGAGGGGAUGGGAGUGUGAAGAGGCUAAGGGACCCAUAUCGCUGCAACACCGCUGGCACUCUGAGGGACGCGAGUCGGUGUGGCACCGGUGCACGCUGAAGGAGCGGGUGGAUUUGGGUGGCCAUGGGUAUGUGGGCAUCGGUGGACACUAUGUGGGACUUCCCUGUGGAGAAGCGAAUCUUCGGGGCGGUGUUGAUCUUUUCCUGGACCGUGUAUCUGUGGGAGACCUUUCUAGCACAGCGGCAGAGAAGGAUAUACAAAACAACAACUCAUGUACCACCAGAGCUCGAACAGAUCAUGGAUUCAGACACGUUUGAGAAGUCUCGACUGUAUCAACUGGAUAAAAGUACCUUCAGCUUCUGGUCCGGACUCUAUUCAGUGGUGGAAAGCACUCUUAUUCUUCUCUUUGGAGGAAUCCCUUACCUUUGGAGGCUUUCUGGACGGGUCUGUGGAUCUGCUGGCUUCGGCCCAGAGUAUGAGAUCAUUCAGUCUUUGGUGUUCCUUCUGUUGGCCACACUCUACAGUGCACUGACUGGCUUGCCGUGGAGUCUCUAUAAUACUUUUGUGAUAGAAGAAAAACAUGGCUUCAAUCACCAGACUUUGAAGUUUUUUCUGAAAGACACAAUCAAAAAAUUUACUGUGACUCAGUGUAUUUUAUUGCCUGUGUCAUCUCUUCUACUUUACAUUAUUAAAAUUGGAGGUGAUUACUUUUUUAUUUAUGCCUGGUUGUUCACAUUAAUUGUUUCUCUGGUUCUGGUCACAAUUUAUGCAGAUUACAUUGCCCCUUUGUUUGACAAAUUUACACCUCUUCCUGAGGGAAAGCUAAAACAAGAGAUUGAAGUGAUGGCAAAGAGUAUUGACUUCCCUCUGACAAAGGUGUAUGUUGUUGAAGGGUCUAAGCGCUCUUCCCACAGCAAUGCUUACUUUUAUGGCUUCUUCAAGAACAAGAGAAUAGUUUUGUUUGACACUCUGCUAGAAGAUUACUCUGUACAAAACAAAGACAACCAGGAGGAGCCUGGCACGGAGCCCCGCAAUGAAGGCGAAGGGGACAGUGAAGAAAUAAGAGCUAAAGUGAAAAAUAAGAAACAAGGAUGUAAAAAUGAGGAGGUGCUGGCUGUACUUGGCCAUGAAUUGGGGCACUGGAAGUUGGGACACACAAUAAAAAAUAUCAUUAUUAGUCAGAUAAAUUCUUUCCUUUGUUUCUUCUUGUUUGCUGUGUUAAUUGGUCAAAAGGUACUUUUUGCUGCCUUUGGUUUUUAUGACAGCCAACCCACUCUGAUUGGACUCUUGAUCAUCUUUCAGUUUAUUUUCUCACCCUACAAUGAGGUUCUGUCUUUCUGCCUAACAGUCCUGAGCCGCAGAUUUGAGUUUCAGGCUGAUGCUUUUGCCAAGAAACUUGGGAUGGCUAAAGACUUAUAUUCUGCUUUGAUCAAGCUGAACAAAGAUAACCUGGGGUUCCCCGUUUCUGACUGGCUGUUUUCAACGUGGCACUACUCGCACCCCCCACUGCUAGAGAGGCUUCAGGCUUUGAAGGACACAAAACAAGACUGAGUCACUCAGCGACUGGACACACUUCCAAUUAUUUCUGUCCUGGCAGCAUGUUCCAGCUCUUGAUAUUUUUAAUUUUUUAAGAAAAAUGAUUAAGUACAUAAAAGUCCAGAUUUAAAUACAUUUACAAUCUCAUUUCAAAAAUGAUUUUAAUAAUCCAUUUCUUAAAACACUGGAUAAUAAAUUGAGGUUUAAUAUUUUUAAAGCAUAGUCUUAUCUAACAUCUGGUGUACCACCAAUUUGUACAAUUAUUUAAGGCAGUGCACAACUCGUUUAUUUCCUCACUAUGUGAAUCUGCAUAUAGGGUUUUCGGGUUAUGUGUUUAAAGGGGGACGCCACCUCCAGGUACUUUCUGCGAGACAGAAAUUGUGGUCCCAAAUCAUUGUGCUUGUACCUACAUGCAAUUUGUGUUUACCUUCAUGCUGUUCUGAUUUAACCUGGCCAAUCAGUGUUUUAAAUAAGAAAGAAAAGUAAAACUUAGUGAGGUAAUGUUACUGAAAUGGAAGUUGUUAGUCUGUGCUGUACUGCUGCAGGCACAGGCUUUCUGUCCUUUCUGGCCACACGCCAAUCGAGAAUCCCCUCCCUUCCUCCUCCCUCCCCACUUCUCCCUCCUUCCUCCUUCUCUUUCUUCCUUCCUCCUUCCCUCCCUGUCUUCCUUAAUUUUUUGAGAUAAGGUCUCACUCUAGCCCCUGUUGGCCCCAGACUUUUUCUUCCUCCUUUCUCUACCUUCCAGAUGCUGGGGUUACAGGUGUGAACCACCACACCCAGCUUAGGAAUUAAUAGUACUUGAAAUUAGAAAUCUUUUAAAUCAUUGAGUUUGGGUUCGCUUUUAAGAAAGUCUUAAUUUUGAGCCAGGCUUGAUAGCACUUGGCUCUAAUCCCAGGGCUUGAGGCAGAGGCCAGGCAGGGCUCUGUAGUGAGACCCUGUCUGAAAGAGAGAGAGAGAGAAGAGAAAAUUGGUCUUAACUUUUCCUCCCCCCUGGCCUUGUUAGAGGUAAACUAGCCUUUUCUCGUUUUCCCCAGCAGAUAAUAGCACACACACCCUUUCACUAACAGAAGUCGCUGUACUGUACACAUUCCCCAGUGUUAAAUGUGACAAGCGAUGAGAAAAAGAUGACAUUUGAAAAGACGUAAGGGGAACUAGACAUGAUUCUCUGUAACAGGAAAGAACUUUCCUGUCUUUUUUCAAGGACAGAUGUCUGCUUUCGUUUUCGUAUUUUUUUUUUAUUCACAAGUUAUAAUUAUACCAGAUUCCAUUUUUUAAAUUAUAAUUCUUGGUAGGCAGGCAGAUGUUUCCUUUUAGAGACAGCAUCGUGAAAGAUCUCCAGUGGUAAAGGUGCGUGCUUGGCCGCUUCAGACGUCUGUCUGUGUCCUGAGUGUGAAUCAUGCUGCCCCUGCCACUCCGCUCACCGUGGCGCGCACCUCCUGGGCAUUUCUCCACAGCGGGGUGACCACACGAGGACUGGCUUGUGCCCUGCUGACGUGUGAGUGGUGCCUUCACACGGACCAUCACGGCCUCCGAGCUCCAGUCCAGCGCUGCAUUGUCAACUCCUACAGCUAAGCAGAGCGGCCUAAGGUUUCUCUCCAGCAUCCUUACCUAUGACUUCACGCUCAGAUAAUUGCCUUUCCUUCCUUCUGUGCCUUUAAAUACACAUUUCAGUUCUGCACAAGUGAGACAUUAAAAAUUGCCAAUGCAGAUUUA